AUGUCCCUUCGCGCUCCGAACGUCAUGAGAUGGACCCGUCUUAUGGACGAAUGCCUGGAGGUACUGGAAACUUCGCCAGCUGCCCUUCCAUCCGACAAGGUUCUGUGUCGGCAUAUCCGUCUGCAGCAUAUAACCGAAGAAUUUGCGAUGCAAUUGUCUGUGGAAGAGGCUUCUUCUCAUGAUAACGCACAAACUAUCCAGGUUCAGAUGAUACAUCGUGCUUUCAAACGGCAGCUCAACGAAUGGCGUAAGGACGUUGCCGAUGGCUGUUGGGACGAAUCCCUCGAGUUCUCGUACUAUUUCUCACGCUUAUACAUAAACGAAGUGGCUUACUGUACACCGACGAAUGAUGAUGUUACCGUCGGCUCGCCGUCUAUUGUUGCAAUUGAGACACAUGCGAUUCCCGAGUUUUUGGAAACGACAGACAACAUCUUUCGAGUGUUCACCUCUCUGGAUAUGUCGACGAUUCGAGCCCUACCCGCGAUGUACCUGAUCCGGAUAAUCUACACAUUCAUGAUUUUGGUCAAACUAUACUUUGCAGCAACCAAAUUACCAACUGACGAUGCGCGGUUGCAAGUCGCGCGACUUCAGGUUUCCCAUCGCCUCGAUCGCGUUAUCCAGAUGUCCGCCGGAUGGGGUCCUUUGUGGCCCGCUACGAAAUUAACCACCGUGUUUAGCAGAAUGCGGUCGUGGUUUGAAAGCGGAGACGGCAAUCCACGGAGGUUGCAGCAGGCCGGGUCUUCGCUCACUCUAUGGGAGUUUAGAACCCCGUCCCUGAAUGGAGACGCGCACGGCAUGGACAUGGUCGAAUCUGACUUUGGCGUGGAUACUCCGCCCUUUUCACUCGAACAAGCUCUCGGCACUGAUUUCUCGACUGUCCCUCCGUUUCGGCCAAUGUCUCCCACUACCGAGUCUUGUUUCCCACGAAAGGAAGCCCCUGGGUUUAUGCAGGAUGAUGCUCCACUUAAUGCAUGCGAUAUCCCGGAUAUCGAACAGAUGGAUGAAUCUGCUUACAUGGGUUUGGACUGGAGCCAAGUUCCAGACAUGGGCUUUGACUUGUGCAACUUGGACACGCCCUUCUCCCCGAUCCCAGUCCCGAAUCCUGGCUUUGAUCCAGGCGCACUAAUGAAGGAAAAUUCUCAGAUAGAAAGAAAAGACGGCGGUUAG